AUGAUCAAGAACGAUAACCACGUCCGAACCUCAGUUAAAUGGAGGUGAAGUUAAACGGAGUUUUUUGUGCAUUUUUUCUUAAUAACUAUAUAGUAAACACACUUUUGAGGUAUUUUUUGAAUAGUUGUUUUUAUUUUUUUAAGUGACAUUAUACUAAUGCUAUCAGGGCCAAGCAGACAUAAUUAACAGCGGUAAAAUAGAGGAGGGACCACGUUUAACAUAAAAAUGAACAUCUGCCCUUCGUUGGACCUUUUGGCCUUGCUGGUCAAUGAAUUUGAUUAGAGUCUUACGUUGAAAUUAUAAAUAACUUAAUAGACGACAAAUUAUAAGAAGUUUUGUUAUUUAGUCACCCUAGUAAGGUUUUAUCACUCGCUUUUUUUAAAAAUGGUAGAACCUCAGCUUUCAAAAAUUUUAAUUUUUUUAAAUUUGGACGCGGUUUGUCAGAACAAUCAGUUAUUUAAUUCUUCUUCUACUACCCCCCAAAACCUAAAAUUUAAUGCAUAUAAUAACCAAAUCCCUAAACAAACUGUUACCUCAAAAAAGCUUAAAUUUCAUUUUUUAAAUAAACCGCUACCUUUUUUGAUUGAGGUCAGCAAACUCACUGAAUGCAAUAAAUCCCCACGGAGUUGUUUGUAACGGUUUUCAAAACCCCGCCUCCGGCUGUAAAGUUUUGUAUUCCGCGAUUAGGUUUUUUCGAAUUUUCAGUCUCGAUUCGCCUCAAAAACGGUUUUUUGCGCUAUUUUUCCCGCCAUUAUCAGUUAUAACUUUAAAAAAGUAUUUUUUAUCUUAAACUUUGAAAUAAGUUUUGUUGUUUCCUUAUCAGUUCUCAUGAAAUGUUUUGUCAUUUUCAGCCAGGAUGCUCUUCAAUAUAAACAGGUUCCACUUCUUGGUGCUGGUAACUUGGCAGUUUUCCAUAUUUUUCGCGUCUCAACAGAUUUUUCCAAUUUUUUCGAGUUAUGUACCAAAAUGGCGUUGCAACGACACCCAGAGUUACGGCAAAAACUGUGAAGUAUUUGAGGAGUGCAAAAGUAGUGUUCAAUUUGAAUACGAAUACUUUCACUCGGCCGCUUUAGAGUUUGACUGGAUUUGUGGAAGUAAAGCGUAUUUGAGGUCGUUUUUCAGUCAAGUUCAAUUCUUUGGGGUAUUGAUUGGUACGGUAGUGUAUGGAUCACUGUCGGAUUGGUUAGGACGAAAGCCAGUUGCAGUAACGGCUUUGUCAUUGGGAAUUGUUUUUUCAAUUCUUUCUGGUAAGUUUUUUGGGCUUUACAGAUUAUUUGUUCGUACAGUACACUUUGCUACUUUUUCUACAAUACUGUAACAUAUACUCGGAGUCUUAGAAUAAUAUUGUAAAAUUUUUCGUUAAGGAGUAGCACCAACAUGGGAACUAUUACUGGGCACGCGUUUCUUUAUUGGCCUAUCAAUUGGAGGCACUUUGGUAGUCGUAUGCACGUUUGUAAUGGAAAUGUUACUUCCUCAGCAACGUAUGGCGUUGCGAGCCUUCUUUAAUUGGGUACGUUUUUGCUUUACACUAAAAACGAUGUGAAUAACAAAACUUAUACAACCAAAAAAAAUUAAAAAAGUAAAAUACUGCUUAUAAUAAUCGAAGGUUUUUCAUAGUUCUAGCUAUAAUAAUUGUGAUGCUAUUUAUAAGAAUCGUAUUUUCUGUUACAGGGCACAGCUCGACUGAUGGUGACAUUGAUUUGUUGGUGGUUCCCAAACUGGCGUAGUGCUAGCAUAGCAUGUGCUGUCACUGCACUGCCUGCAUUGUUAAUUGUGAUAUUUGUAUUUCCGGAAAGCCCAACAUGGCUUCAUAAUAAAGGAAGGAUCGAAAAAAUGAAGCAAAGCGAACGAAAAAUCGCCCGAGUUGCCGGAAAAAAACAUGUCGAAACAGACAUUCAGCCUGUAGUACACAAGAAGAGCAUUAUGUAAGUGUAGUAAACCUUACUUUAAGACAUUGUUUUAGAAUAGCGAUAUAUUAAAUUACAUAUUAUAUUUAAGCAUUGUAGAACUAGUUAAAACUAUUUUGAUAUCUGCACUACAUUGAAAAUAAUAUAAAGCUUGCAGCGAAUUGUUUAAAGACAUCAAUUUGUUCAAAAGAGUUGUCGUACUAUGGGCAAUGUGGUUUACCGCCGCUAUUUGUGGUUAUGCUAUUGAUCUGAAUAGUUCAGAUAUCAGUGGACAUUUGUUCUGGAAUCAAAUUCUGUUCUCUUGUCUUAUCGCCGCUUCCAAAAUUGUAAGUUGUGAUACAAUUUCGCGUACAAUAUGCUUGGUUAGAAGUAAACAUUUAUUCUUUUUAUUUAGGCAUUAGUCGUAUUUGACUCGUCAUUCCCAAAGUUUAGCAGAAGGAACCUUCAUCAAGGUGCUCAGCUUAUCGUAUGUAUAUGCUUCCUUAUUUUGACGGUCUUGGUAAUUGUUUCGCCACAUGUAAGUUUUUAAUAUUACAUAUUAUGUAAAAAAGUAUAACAAUGAAUAAUAUUUUUUUGUUAAAAUGUUUUAAAAUUUCAAAUUGUUUAAAAAACUUAAUUUUAGAGCAUUUUCAUUUUGAUAAUCAACCUUAUUGGAACCAUGUUCCUUGAGUACACGUGGGAUGCUUGCUAUCUUUGUGGCGUCGAAUCGAUGCCUACAAACAUGCGUGCUACAACUAUGGGAUCGUGUUCUUUUAUGGCCCGUAUUGGUGCCAUUUUGGCACCAACGUUGGCUUUCUUAAACUCAUUCUGGGCGCCAAGUGCAUAUCUUACAGUAUGCUCGCUGGGGUUAAUUAAUUUGAUUAUCAGCUAUUUGUGGCUGGUCGAGACGAAAGGAGUCGUUUUGGACAAGGUCAACUUGGAUAUGACUGGAACGGAGAUUAAGGAAGAUCCUGAAAAUGUGGAAAUGCUUUCGAAAGACGAAAAACAAUGA